AUGUUGCGCCAGAUCGCCACUUGCUCCGAGGGCAUCGGGGUUGCUGGUCCGAACCCUUCCCUGGGCAACGAGAAGUUCAUCACCCCAAUCGCUGACCUUGAGGAGGUCAAGGAGGAGAUAACCGUGACCAAUAGUGUGCUCAUCGAUGACUAUGAUCCCGGCACCAGAGAUACCAUCAUUGUCACUGGUGCUGACGUUGCUGCGCACCUGAUGCCAAUGCGAGAUGACCACGACACCGCGAUCACAUUUCGGGCCAUCUUCCUAGGAUCGGUUUUUGUCGCCUUCUCCGCAGGUCUGGGUCAGAUCUACAACUUCAAACCCGGCGGCUCAAGCCUGGCUAGCAGUCUCAUCCUGAUCUUUGUGUACGUCCUCGGGACUGCUUGGGCCAACGUCCUCCCAGACGCCAAUAAAUUUGAGAAUCGAUGGAGGGCUCGAAGGGGCCAGGGAAAGACCCCCAAGUGGAUAUCUGCCCUUCGAUUCCUGAAUCCUGGCCCAUUCGGUAUUAAGGAACACGCGGCCAUAAUGAUAUGUUCUUCUGCAACUACUGAUGACGCUGAUUUCACGGCGCUAUUCGCAGCACAGAAACUUUUCUACGACGUUCCUCUGACUGCGACUUCCAUAGUCCUCACCUUGAUAUCUGUUGGGCUGUUCGGGUACGGUGUGUGUGGCCUCAUACGCCCUGUCGCUGUAUGGCAUCUUGAAGCGGUGUACUGGACCAACAUUCCCAGCGUGAAAACGCUGCAGGAUCUUCAUUGGGGUAGUUACCGUGACUCGCGGCAACUGCGGUUCUUCUGGUACGCGUUCGGGGGCAUGGCCAUCUACCAAAUCAUCCCUGGAUGGAUGUUUCCUUGGCUCAACGGAGUGUCGAUCCCGUGUCUCGCAUCUCAGAAGGCCACCGGUUACAACGGCUCAGUUCUCACCAAUCUCUUUGGCGGGGCUACUGCCAAUGAAGGUCUCGGCUUUUUCAGUCUCUGCUUUGACUGGCAAUAUCUCGGAAUGGGGACACUAGCCUUGCCUCUGAAAUUGCAACUUCACUCGACAGUGGGCUUAGGCAUAUGCUGCUUGGUCAUGAUUGCUAUUUAUUAUGGGAAUGUCUGGGACGCUCUAUCGCAACCUUUCAUGUCCCCAAUUCUUCGCACUGACAGUGGGAAACCAUACCCCUCUAAAAGCCUUUUUCCCAGUGGCCGGCUUGAUAUUUCAAUGUUGGAGAAAUAUGGGAUCCCACGCCUGUCAGGUACAUUUGCAUAUGGCUUGCUAAUGGCGAAUGCUGCUGCAAGUACCCACCCAAACACCCUUCGAAUUGUAUUAUGGCUAAUCCCCGUCGGUCAGAUUGGGGCUUUGUUUGUGCACAUUGCUCUUUUGUGGGGCGAAGAAGUUUGGCGGUCAUUUCAUAUAAGCACAACAGGCCAGUUCAAAGACCCGCAUCAUGCGCACAUGGCGGAGCAUUACAAACGGACACCUUGGUGGUGGUAUGUGAUCAUUUUGGUUUUUAGUUUCGUCCUCGGUCUCGUCGUCGUCAUAAAAGAAAACCUCAUGCUUCCCCCGUGGGCGUACGUGGUUGCGUUGAUACUUGGGAUCAUCGUUUCUUUCUUCGUGGGUAUCGGGGAUUGA